AUGAAGGUGUUUCUUGCAGCUCUGCUUUUGAUCGCACUGCAAAAUUCUUGUGCUGUGAGUCCCACCAAUUGUGAUGAAACCGAGCCGGUAGCUGGGAAAGUUCUAGACCUGAUCAAUAAAGAGCGACAGGAUGGCUACCUUUUCCAGUUGCUGCGGGUUGCUGAUGCCCACUUGGACAAAGCGGAAUCUGUGGCUGUCUAUUAUCUAGCCCUAGAUGUCAAAGAAUCUGACUGUUCUGUCCUAUCCAGGAAACAUUGGGAUGACUGUGAGCCAGUUGCUUCUAGGCGUCCAUCAGAUAUAGUGAUUGGGCAAUGUAAGGUGGUAGCUACAACACCUUCGAACGAACUUCAGGAUCUUAGAGUGAAUGACUUUAACUGCACCACAAGUUCUGUCUCUUCGGCCCUGGCCAAUACCAAAGACAGUCCUGUGUUCUUGGAUUUCUUUGAAGAUACUGAGCCCUACAGAACACUAGCCAACAAAGCCCUUGAGAAGUACAAAACAGAGAAUAGAGAUUUCAGUUCUUUCAGAGUGGACCAAGUGGAAAGAGUUUCAAGAGGGAGAGGAGGGGAAAGAACCAAUUACUAUGUGGACUUCUCCAUGAGGAACUGCUCCAGACAUCAUUCUCACAGGCAUUCUAAUGUCUUUGGAUUCUGCAGAGCAGAUUUUUCAUAUGAUGUAGAAGUCUCUGACUUAGAAACCCCAAAAGAUCUUGUUGUUAACUGUGAUGUCUUCAACCUUGAGGAACAUAGAAGCUUCAGUGGCAGACGGUACCAUUUGGGCCAUCCCUUCCACUCCAGUGAGAAUGAGCAUCCUCCUGCUGGCAGACCUCCAUUUAAGCCUGAUAGAUCCAGAUACCACCAUCAUCCCCAUAAGCUACAAGAAUCUGGAUGCCCACCUCCCCUAGAAGACAAAGAUCAUCCACACAGAGGAGAUCCUCCACAUUUACCUCCUUCAGGGUCAAGAUGUCACCAAUGUCAUCACCCUGUUUUUGGCCACAAUCAGACCCAUGGACCCUCCCAUAAUCAUAAUUCCAGUAAGAACCAUCCCCAUGAACAUCAUCCCCAUGGACAACAUCCCCAUGGACACCACCCCCAUGGACACCACCCCCAUGGACACCAUCCUCAUAAGCAUCACCAUCCUUAUAAACAUCAUCCCCAUAGAAAAUAUCCCCAUAGACAUCAUCCCCAUCAUGAUUUCCAGGACCAUGGACCCUGUGACCCACCACCCUAUAGCCAAGGUCCCCAGGAUCACCAUCACCAUGACCUGCCACCUAGGCAUUCAGAAGAAAGAGGCUUGGGUAAAAGACCCCUUCCCGUCCAUUGGAGACAAAUUGGAUAUGUUUACCGACUCCCACCACUAAACAAAGGUGAAGUUCUUCCUCUUCCUGAAGCUAAUUUUCCCAGGUGCUUAUUGCCAAACCAGAACAAUCCUUUAAAGCCAGAGAUUCAGCUCUUUCCUCAAUCAGCCUCUGAAUCAUGUCCAGGGAAGUUCAAGGAUGAGUUUCUACACCUCUCAAAGUUUUUUGAACAUACAACUCCAAAAUAA